CGGAGAGUCAGUACGCAGUCGGCAGGAAUCAAACUGCGCUACAGGAAUAUCCCCGAGUUUCCCUUUACAACCUGCUGACAAGACAAUGCAUUUCAGCCCUCCUAUCAGCAGGGACAGGAUCAUAUCGACAUUUCCAAAGUGUUAUAAUCCACAAGCCUGUCUACAGAUGAAGGAUGAUUGGAAUACAAAAGCCACGAUGGCUUGCCAAGACCGGGCAGCACGUCAGCAAGGGUAUGACAGGCUUAAGAUGUCGAAAGCAGUAGUGGUUGGAGAUCUCAAUGUGGGAAAGACAUGCUUAAUAAACAGGUUCUGUAAAGACGUGUUUGAGAGAGACUACAAGGCUACUAUAGGUGUUGACUUUGAGAUUGAGAGAUUUGAGAUGUCUGGGCUGCCCUUUUCUCUUCAAAUAUGGGACACUGCUGGUCAGGAAAAGUUCAAAUGCAUCGCAUCAGCAUAUUACAGAGGAGCUCAAGGUAAAAUACAGGUUCUCAUUUAAAGGAACAGUUCACCCAAAAAUUAACAUUUGCUGAAAAUGUACUUGCC